UUUUAUUUGCUGUUUUCUGGUCUUGGUUGUUUAUUUUUAUUGUAUGUCAUCUUGAAAAUUUAUAUACCUUAUGUAGGGAGAGAGCGUGGUGGGAAAAAAGAAAGGCAAAAAUGUCAGAAUUGAAAGACCCCAAAAUAAAGCUUUUUGGUAAAACCAUUGGGCUGCCGGAGGAGUCUGUUGAGGCGGCCGGAAUUCGUGAACCAGCUGCUGAUUCUUGUGAUGCCGAUACAGAAGACAGCGUUACCAGCGUAGACCAAAAGCUUGCUUGUUCUGUGCUUGAACAUAGUGAUUUAAUUGUAGAUGCAGAGGACCACGAAUCGCAAGAGAGGCAACCAAGCUCAGGACAUGGCAACCCAAACAUGGAAAACCAAGGCCAUCCGUCAACCUCAAACGAGUCAAAUGACACUAAUGCUCCUAUACAUGCAGCCAACAAUUCAAGAGAGGAACCGUCAGAGCCAAACAGCUCCAAUGAAAAAACUCUAAAGAAGCCUGACAAAAUACUCCCGUGCCCCCGUUGCAACAGCACAGACACAAAAUUCUGUUAUUUUAACAACUACAACAUCAACCAGCCGAGACACUUCUGCAAGAACUGCCAGAGGUACUGGACAGCUGGCGGGGCCAUGAGAAAUGUUCGUGUGGGAGCUGGGCGCCGUAAGAACAAGAACCAAACUGCCUCUCAAUUUCAUCAUACACCUAAUCCCGAAUCAGCCCGCCAGAAUCCCAACGGGACAAGUUUCCUUGCCUUUGGUUCGGAUACUCCUCUGCCUCUGUGUGAAUCAUCGAUGGUGUCGGUUUUGGAUAUUGGGGAUAAAACGAUCAGGAGAAAGGAGAAUAACGGUUAUGAACGCUCGAGUGAACAUCCCAUUUCGAGUUCGAAGGAUGAGGUACCUGUUUUUCAUGGGGUCGCUUGGCCUUACCCAUGGCACUCUGUUCAGUGGAGCCCACCAAUGGCUCCGCCUAAUUUUGGCCCAGCCAGCUUUCCCAUGCAAUUCUACUCCACACCACAGCCUUAUUGGCCUGGGGCCUCUUUAUGGAACGUCCCCUACGUUAUCUCACCCACACAAGCUCCAAAUUCCAGCCCCGUUUCUCCAACACUCGGGAAGCACUCGAGGGACGAGAAUAUUCCAUCCGAUACAGAAAAUGAAGAAGAGAAAGUAAAGGAGAGUGAUCCAGAGAAAUGUUUGUGGGUUCCGAAGACUUUGAGAAUCGAUGAUCCGGAAGAAGCUUCCAGAAGCUCCAUAUUGUCGACUUUAGGUAUUAAUAGAAACAGAGAUGAUGAUGAUUGUGGUGAUGUGGGCGUAAGUCGUGGUGAUGGUCUUUUCAAGGCUUUGCAGAGGAAAUCUAAGGACAAUUAUCAAAAGAAUUGGGCUCAUGCCAAAAGCUCGACGGUUUUACAGGCCAAUCCUGCAGGUUUGUCGCGGUCCCUGAGUUUCAAUGAGGGCUCAUGAGCUGGUUAUUCAGAGGAUACUAAUUUCUUGAUAGUCGGGAAAAUUAUGAAACAUGCAUCCAGAGUUUGGUUAAUUGCAAAAAAAGGCCGCUUAUCUCUGGAAAUUAUACAUGUCCCCACUUGGUAUUUGUUCCCAUUUUUUACUUGUUGCACCCUCUAUGGGUGGGUAUUUAUUGGAAAAAUAUGAACCUUGUGGGUGGAUAUUUAUUGGAAAAAUAUGAUUAGGAAAGUUUAUCAGGGUUUUCUUAUUUUGUGACUACAUUAGACCUUGACGGUUCUCUCGUGUACCAUAAUGUUCUGGGAAUUGAAAGAAACAUUAAGUCGCAAUUGAUGGGCCAAUGACGACAACCGGGCUAAGAUUUCGGGAUUUUGUGUGAUUAAUGCACUUAAAGAAGCAAAUAGUUUGCUAAUCAGUUAGGUGACAGAUUUGGGAUUUUGUGGCUCUACCUUAGUUGGUGUACGCAGGUAUGUUACGAAGUUAGAGUGGAGUUUGUUAGUCACGAAGCAAAUACAGUUUCCUUUGUGAACUUACACAAAGAUUCUGAUUAGAACAACUGACAGUCAUGAUUGUUGGAUUUACAGCUUACAAUUCUUACUAGCACGUAGUCUGUGAUGUACGACAUAAAGAUGCUAAAUGAGUUAUUCUCAUAUUGCUUUUUCAAUUAAGUUGAAAAUAAUAGGUUGG